UUCACCCGGCCGUCUGCCUCUCGCUCAGGUAGACGGGACGUACCGCGGAAGUCUUCUCUCCAGACCUGCAGUUACCUCGGGGGAUCCAUCAUGGCGGUGAACGGCACGGCAGACAUCUUGAGCUCUGCCUACCUUGCAGUGGAGUAUGUAGACGCAGUGCUUCCUAAAAACCCCUUCCAGCCCUCCCUGGAACAAGCCUGGAGCUACAUGCUGGACAACUACACCAAGUUCCAGAUUGCCACCUGGGGGUCGCUCAUCGUCCAUGAGUUCAUCUAUUUCCUCUUCUGCGUACCUGGUUUCCUCUUCCAGUUCCUCCCCUUCAUGCAGAAAUACAAGAUCCAACAGGACAAGCCAGAGACCUGGGAGAAACAGUGGAGAUGUUUCAAGAUGCUGCUGUUCAACCACUUCUGUAUCCAGCUGCCUCUGAUCUGUGGGACGUACUACUUCACUGAAUUCUUCAACAUCCCGUAUGACUGGGACUCCAUGCCGCGCUGGCCGUACCUCCUGGCUCAGUGCUUUGGUUGUGCUGUUGUUGAAGACACCUGGCACUACUUCCUCCAUCGGCUGCUGCAUCACCGCAGGAUCUACAAAUACAUCCACAAAGUCCACCAUGAGUUCACUGCUCCAUUUGGCAUGCAGGCAGAAUACGCCCACCCCGCUGAGACUCUCAUCCUGGGAGCUGGUUUCUUCAUUGGCAUCAUGAUCUUCUGUAACCACGUGUUCUUCCUGUGGGCAUGGGUGGCUUUCCGCCUGCUGGAGACCAUUGACGUCCACAGCGGUUAUGACAUCCCUCUGAACCCUCUCCACCUGAUCCCGUUCUACGCCGGCGCUCGUUUCCACGACUUCCACCACAUGAACUUCGUCGGGAACUACGCCUCCACCUUCACCUGGUGGGACAAGCUGCUGAAGACAGACAACCAGUACAGCAAGUACAUGCAUAAACAGGGAGAGAAGAAGGAGCAGUAAACCACUUACACCUCACACGCCGGGAGAAGGGAAGAGGCAGUGAGUCUCACAGUGAGCACGCCAGCAGUUGCUGCUUUUCUCUCAGUACACUUAAUAAAACACACACACACACACACACACACACUAAAGAUGUACUUUCAAAGGAUCAGCUCUACUGUGGUUUGAUUCUGAAUCGGACUGCACGUUGACUUCAGUCCACCAUCUGUGCCUUUCUGCAAAAGAAGUAUUGUUGUCUGCUUCUGUUCGCUGAAUAAAAACCAUCAACAUCCUCA